CCUUGUUGGAAUCAAAGCUGAAAGCAAGAACUGAGAGAAGUAAGAACGUUCCAUUACCGUUGGCAUUUCAUUUCUCUCCGCAAAAACGCCAUGACGCAUUCUUUAACGUCGUCGUUUCAUUCCUUCUUCUUCUUCCCUCCUUCUUCAUCAUCCGUACAACUCAACACACCAAAGCUUCAACUUCUGUUACCAAUGUCAUCAAAUUCUCAACCGCUUCCCCUCAAAUUCUCUCACUCAAAUAGAACAAGAACCACCACCAACAACAACAAUCGCCACAAGAUUCGAGCUUCGUCCUCAACCGAUGAUCCUUCACCAUCUUCAUCAAGUGCGACGAAUUUCGUUUUGUUCAGUUCCGCUGCUCUAACUGUUACAUUGGCGGUGGCUAAUCGUGUGCUUUAUAAGCUUGCUCUCGUUCCCAUGAAAGAUUACCCCUUUUUCCUUGCCCAGUUCACAACAUUUGGGUAUGUGGUUGUGUAUUUUAGCAUAUUGUAUAUCAGAUAUAGGGCAGGUAUUGUAAGUGAUGAGAUGCUAGCCAUUCCGAAACUUCGCUUUCUGGCCAUUGGGUUUCUUGAAGCUUUGGGUGUGGCCACUGGAAUGUUUGCUGCAGCUGUACUUCCUGGACCAGUCAUACCCGUAUUGAGUCAGACUUUUUUAGUUUGGCAGCUAUUGAUUUCUGUUCUUCUCUUGGGGAGAAAGUACUCAAUCAACCAAUUGGUUGGAUGUUUACUUGUAGCUAGUGGAGUUGUGGUGUCUAUUACAAGUGGCUCAAACACGGGUCAGAUGCUCUCUGAAGUUGAGUUCUUUUGGCCAGCAUUGAUGAUUAUUUCUAGUGCUUUUGCUCUGUUUGUACUUCUUUUUCUACCUUUACUUUCUAACUUGAAAGGCAUACCAUUCGUUCAACUUCCUUCGUAUCUUAAAAGUGGAGCUGGUUGCUUUCUGAACCUUGGAACUCAUAAAUCAAGCUGUGACGGUGCUCCCUGGCUUCCCCUGCUUUAUAUAGUUACCAACUUGGCAUUCAAUAUAUCGUUGCUUAACGUGGUAAAAACCUCCUCUGCAGUUGUUGCUUCUCUUAUGGUAAUGUUAUCAGUGCCGAUUUCCGUCAUCAUUCUUUCCCUUCCGUUGCCUUAUCUUCCCGAGGGAACAAGCCUGAGCCCAGUUUUUGUAGUUGGCUGCGCCAUCCUUGUAUCUGGUCUUUAUCUGUAUGACACAACCAGACCUGCCAAGAAUAGUACUAAAUCUGAUUGAAGCACAUCCGUUCCACAAAACCAUUGCUGAGAAGUAACUCCCAAACUACCAAGCAGCCUAUCUACUCACUCAUCUAUCAGUCUUGAGGCAAUCUAUCUUGGUGAAAUGUAUUUAUUGACUUUGUCCAAUUGUACGUGUACUCAUGUACAGUAUUUUUUACUAGUAUUAUUUUUUAGAUUCUGAUUAGAGAGUGAGGUAGAUCAGUUCAAUUUCUAUUUCUCUUCACUGUCUUUAAUUUGUCUAAGCGAUUGGAUCAUUUUUUCAUUGUAGUCUUUUGUUGAAUAGUUAAGUUACAUAUGCCACAUAAGCUCCGGAAGUAUACAUUUAACAGAAAAGAAAAGUGUUUUAAGUCUA